AUGACUUCAGAACAAGAGGAGGUUUCUAUCCUCACCCUCCAAGUCACCUUUCCCGACCCGGAGCUCCCUCCCCUGUCCCUCACCGUCUCUCCCGAAGAGUCUGUGCAGGAAAUUCGAAACUACAUUCGAGACGCCUUUGUCCAGGAGCGAUGCAUCACUUCCUUCACCCUGAACCUCAACGGUCAGCCUAUUGACGGAUUUGAGAGCCUUGCUGAGAUUGAAGGUCUCGAGUCUGGUGCUACCAUCGAGCUCACCAACGCUCCCUACAACGAGCAUGAGGCCCGUCUGCAUGUGAUCCGAGUGCGAGAGCUAGCUGGCUUUUCCAACAACUCCCACGCCGCUGUGGGCCAGGAUGCCGGUAUGACCGCCUUCAACCGAACCGAGGGCAUCGACAAGACCCCCAAGGACUACAUGCAGGAGGUUGUCGAGACCAAGGCCCAGAAGGAGGCUAAGGCCAAGCUCAAGGCCGAGCAGAAGAAGGCCAAGGCUGCUGCCAAGGCCGAGGCUCUGGCCAAGAACGAGGAAGUGUCUGAGGACGAGGAAUCGGAGCCUGAGGAUGACACUCCCAUGAAGCAGUCCACCCAGGUUCUUGAGGAGAACUCUCCCAUGCACGGCUUCAAACUCGAGGAGUCCAAGUCUCUGCAAGAGCUGUUCCCCGACCGACAGAACCUGCCUGCUCCCGCUCUGCUGUCUCUCCACCUCUCACACUGGAACCCCCCCACCCAGGCCCAGCAGCUCAACGGCGAGCUUCUGUAUCUCCAGUGCGCCACUCUGGAGGGCGAGUCGUACCAGAUUGUGGCACACACCAACGGUUUCUACGUUGCCAACUCCACUCUGGGCUCUUUCGACCCCUCUCCCAAGCCUCUGAUGGUCAAGACCAAGGCCAAGAAGCAGAACGGCGGCAAGAAGGGCGGCAAGAAGACUGAGACCGAGAUCUCCUACGUGCCCAUCACCACCGAAAACAUGCACCACUCUCUCUACGACCUGCUGGUGUCUCUGUCCGACAAGUUUGCUAAGAAGAUUGCCUCCAACUACGCUGAGCUCAACGCCGCUGGUAUGCUCUCCGUUGUGCCCCCCACCAACUGCUUCCUGGCCAACCCCUGGCUCACCAAGCCCGCCGGUUUCCGACGACCCGAUAUGGCCCGAAACCAGGAGCUGCUGUCCCUCAAGAACCUCGAGGGCCAGGACGAUACACGAGAGUGGUCCGAGGACCUGCAGUCGCUCAAGGAGCUGCCCCGAGAGACCAUCAAUGACCGGGUGGUGCGGGAGCGACAUCUCAACAAGACCUACUUUGACUUCACUGAGGCUGCUGUCGCCGGUGCCGUCCAGGUUGUCCAUGGCGAGAUUCAGCCCAUCAAUCCCUCUGAGCCCGAGGCCUCCCACAUCUUCCUCCACAAGGGUAUCUUCUACUCUGUUGGCGCCGACGGAUCUGGCACUUAUGCCGAGAUUGGAGGCGACGAGGCUGCUCGAGUGGCCUCCGCCAAGGACCUCCAGGCUGUCCAGCAGCUUGUGCAGUUUGACUUCCCCGAGAUUGCCUCUCUGUGCACCACUGUGGUGGACUACCAGGGCAAGCGAAUUGUCUGCCAGUCCCCUGUCCCCGGUAUCUUCAGACAGCCCGAGAACGCCCCUCCUCAGGUCAAGUACGGCUCUGUCGAGGGUGCUGAGGAGAUUGCCUCCGAGCAGGAGUUCGGAGACGCCUUCAAGCCCAUCGCUGCUGCCUUCCGACUCAAGACCCACACAGUCAAGGACGCCAACAAGGAGCACUCUCUGCACCUGGCUUCCGACUGUAAGGGUCUUGCCGGUACUGACGGUCGAAAGUACCUGCUUGAUCUCUACCGACUUGCUCCCGUCGACAUUGCCUUCCUCGAUGCCAACCCCUCGUACCCUCACCAGCUUGCUCUGCUGCGAUUCGAGGCUGUCGAGGCCUACUUCCGACACCAGGUUCGAGCCGAGAUCAAGAAGCAGUCUCUGGAUGAGGACGAGACCCCCAAGUUUGAGGUCGAGCCCUUCUACCUCAACCCUGACGCCUUCGUUCUUCCUGCACCCAAGGAGGAUGAGGACGCUGUGCGAGCUGCCUCCGAGUUUGUCUCCAACACUAUCAUUCCCGAGCAUGUGGAGGCUGUGAUUGCCGGCUUUGGCACCACUCCUAUCGACGGCCAGCAGCUGACCCAGUCUCUGCACGGCAAGGGUAUCCCGAUGCGACACCUUGCCUCCGUCAUUGCAGCUGCCAAGAAGAGCGACACUUCCAAGGCCCAGUUCCUCGCCGAGCUGUGUGAGCAGGAGAUUGCCGUGCGAUCCGCCAAGCACCUGCUGCGAAACGAGAUGGCCAAGAAGGGUGCCAACCCCAAGUACGUUGUUGCUCACGUCAUGAACCUGCUGCUGGGCUCCACCUCCAAGGUGUUUGAUACCCCCGCCGGUCUGCUGGCUGUCUCCGACUCCGUCAACCUUUCGGUCGACGAGGCCAAGGCUGCUGUUGCCGCCAUUGCCAAGACCCGAUUCGGCUACGACCUCGAUACCUCAAUCUUCGCCAAGCGACCCGUCCAGCUGCUCCGAGAGCUGUCUGGAAAGCUGGGACUCCAGUUCCUGCAGAAGGAGUACGAGUUUGGUGCCGAGCCCUUUGCCGUCGCCGACGUGGUCAACAUCCUCCCCGUCUUCAAGACCACCACCUUCCGAUCCAAGCUCGUGGAGGAGGCUCUGGAGGCUGCCCGAAACUCCGUCAACACCGACAAGGACGUGGCUCUGCAGCUGCUGCGAGAGUCCAUUCCUCUCGCCGAGCAGGUGUACGGCUCCGUUAACCCCGAGCUCACCAAGGUGUACAACACCGCUUCUUACCUGGCCUACGAGAUGGACGAGGCUCUGCUGGCUGCCGAUCUCGGCCGACGAGCCUGCAUCAUGUCCGAGCGAUGCUCCGGAAUCGACUCUGUCGACGCCAUUCUCAACUACCUCAACCUGUCGUUGUUUGAGCACGCCAUCGGCAACUACGUCGGUGCUCUGCACAUGAUUAAGCACGCCGUUUCCGUGUGGGUCACCGUGUGCGGCACCCAUCUGCACCCCGAUAUCAUCACGUCGCUGUCCAACGCCAUCACCAUGCUCACCACUCUCAAGCGAUGGAACGAGUCGCGACAGUGGCUGGAGAAGACCAUUGUUAUCACUGAGAGUGUGGCCAACGAGAAGGCGCAGGCCCCUCUGCGGUUCCAGCUUGCCCAGACCAUGUGCCACGAGCAGCAGUACAAGGAGGCUACCGAUGAGCUGCGACGAGCCCUCAAGCUCUUUAACGCUCACUACGGUGAAGACGACCAGAACACCAAGGACUGUGCCGUGUGGCUCAAGUCUCUGACCCAGGCCGCCGUCUCUAUCCAGCGACAGAAGCUGUGGGAGCAGGAGCAGGGCCGACUGGCUCGACAGGCUCCCAAGCCCACUGCUACUCAUCAGAAGGAAGCCCCCAAGAAGGCUUCUAAGAAGACCAAGGGCAAGGGCAAGGGCAAGGACGACAAGGGCGAGAAGCUCGUUGCCGAGCUCAAGAAGAAGAAGGCUGGAAAGCGUUAG